AUGACAUCGAGCUCGCACUCAAGCUAUCCAGGCUCCAUCGCCAGUCAGGCGCCAUCUUUAGCACCCUCACGAGAGAGCUCAGUGAUUUCUAGUCCCCCUACCGAGCUCUCGCAGCCUCCUCCCGAGAAUGUAGAGCCCGAAAACAAAGAUAAAGCCCGUACACCUGUGGGCUCACCUCCUAAUUUACCUCUACCUCUACCUCAAAUGCCCGCCAUGGUCCGAAGGGUCUCACAAUUAUCCAACGCAGCUUCCAGCGACUCUUCAAAUUCAGCAAUGAUCAAAGAUGAUUUACCAGUAGUUCAAGUGAUUGAUCAAUCGGGCAAAGAAGUCAUCGAUCCUGCUUUACGGGAUGAGGGUGUGGAUCCUUUUAUCAAGAACGAUUCUGAUCAGUUGGCACCCAUGGGUAAUUCACAAUUACCUUCGAUCCCUUUAACCCAAUGGCCAAGUCUACCUUCAUUGAACUUCUAUGCCGCUGGGGCUGGGCCUGGGGCUGGGACCGAUACUCAACCAUCAACUCAGACCAACUCGCCAACCUCACCGAACGGCUUGUGGCCCUCUUCGUUCGGGAGCUAUAAUAGCAGUCUAACGGAUUUCGGAUCUUCUCUCGGUGGGGAUACACCUGAUAAAGGAGCGAGUGGUGAUGAAAAUAGUUCAGAGAGCGGGUUCGAAUUUGGCAAACAUCUUGCGAAAGAUGUCAAUGACGAUAACACCGAUAAUAUCGGGGCUGGUGUACCUGCUCCGAAAAAGAAAAGUCAUGCCAGGAAGCAACCCGAAGGACAUAUCAAACGAGCCAGAAAUGCUUUUAUCCUUUUCAGGAAGCACAUCACAGAUUCUAACUUGAUCCCACCCAGUGUCGAAGUGAAACAUCAAAAUAUAUCUGUCGUUGCCGCUAAGAUGUGGAAAGAAGCACCUCUGGAAGUCAGAGCGAAAUUCAAUGAGCAAGCUCGUCUGGAGAAAGAAGAACAUGCUCGGAAAUAUCCUGGGUACAGAUAUCAACCUGCAUUCCGACGGACCGACAUCAUUCGAAGGCGGGUUAGGAAGGAUCCAGCUGAAGAUGAGAAAGUGGAUGCGGUAGCUGAAGCAUUGAUCAAAGGUAAAUCAGGUGAUAAGCUUGAAAAGGAAAUCAAAAAUCAAAUCAUCCAAAAGGGGAAUGAAUCUGAUAGUGCUCAAAGUGAGAUGAGUAGUAGUUCCAGGUCAAGAAGCCGUCGUCGAAGGGAUGCAGGACAACUUUCCAAGGGAGCCAUCCGAGCUCAAAAAGCACAAGCUCGAGCCAAACAAAUGAGGCAGAACCUUCUUGGCACAAACCUAUUGAACAUGUCAUUAUACAAUGCCGCCACUAAUCGAUUAGCCAACUCAACUUCUUCAUCCCACCCCCACCAAUCUCAGCAAUACCAACAAGCGGCUGCGGCAGCAGCAGCGGCGUACAACGGGUAUCCAGUGGGGGGCGGAGGGUAUGGGAUGUACCCGCUCGAUCAGUCCAACUACGUUACUUCGGUAGGGUAUAAUAUUGAUGGUAGACCAAUUCAAAUGGUCGCUCAACCUCCCCCUGUACCGGGUGCUGGCGCCGGUGGGGAGUAUCCCAAUGAUAUGUACGGUGGUACUGAUCCAAAUGGCUUGUUGACUGAGAAUAACCUCUUGGGUCAAGACCAUCCUGAGAUGUACAGAUUACCUCCCAUAGAAGGUAUGGUAGAUAUCAAUAACCCCGCGGCACAAGCUGGAACAGGAUACGAAACUUGGCAAACUCAAGCAGGAGGUAAUGGUGAAUACUGGGACCAACAACCAUUACCUGGUCUAUCGUAUGAUACACAGGCCGUAGGUCCAUCAAUAGGAGAAGAAUACUACAAUGCAUCAUAUGGCGAUCAAGGUCUACCUGGUGGUGAUCCAUCGGGGAUGAUGGAGCCUAACGGAUUGGAAUAUAGAUUACCACCAUUGAUGGAUAUUCCCCGUGAUGGCCCAAGCAGUAGUGAAAGACCAGGCGAUCUCAUUGCCUCUCAAUAUGCCAGAGGACAUACUUCCUCACAUCACUCUGGAUCAAGCUCAGGCGAUAAAGCGAGAGAAGAACGAACAACGAAAGAAGGUCAACCGCAACAGUCACAACAGACUCCAUCAGGUCAUGUGCUCUUCAAUGAAAGACUAUUCGAUGGUGCACUAGGUACCGCCGGCUUACCAGACAAGAGAAACGACGGGUGUGGGCUGGACGAUGAUUUGGGCAUGUUCGACCAGGCGAUGGAACAAGCUGGUGAUUUAGGUAAUUGGUAA